CUUUAGCAAACACUUCAAAAUCCUCCGGACAAAUAAGAAUUGCUGGGAAAACUAGUUGGACGCGACAGGAAAACACGCUGCGCCAGACAGGCACUGAAACAAGAGAUCCCGGGAAGAAUAAAACGGCAAAAACCGGGGGAUUCUGUUUUUUUUUCCUGGAGCGGGAGCAGACUCGCCAUGGCCGGGCCGCUUCAGAAGCUCAUCUCAGUCGUCCCCGGCGUCUGGAUCUUGCUGAUACUCCUCAGUCGGUGCGGCCAGACCGGGUCGGUGGUUGGGCACAAGGAGCCAAUUCCUGAUGACAGCAAGGACAACAUCACAAUCUUCACCAGGAUUCUGGACAGGCUGCUGGACGGCUACGAUAACCGGCUGCGACCCGGUUUGGGAGAAACUGUGACUGAGGUGAAGACGAAUAUCUACGUCACCAGUUUCGGCCCGGUGUCGGACACGGACAUGGAAUACACGAUCGACGUGUUCUUCCGUCAGAGCUGGAGGGACGAGCGGCUGAAGUUUGACGGCCCCAUGCAGGUGCUACCCCUCAACAACCUCCUGGCCAGCAAGAUCUGGACGCCUGACACCUUCUUCCACAACGGCAAAAAGUCGGUGGCCCACAACAUGACCACGCCCAACAAACUGCUCCGGCUGGUGGACAAUGGGACGCUUCUCUACACCAUGAGGUUGACCAUCCACGCCGAGUGUCCCAUGCACCUGGAGGACUUCCCCAUGGACGCCCAUGCCUGCCCGCUCAAGUUUGGAAGCUAUGCCUAUACCAACAAUGAAGUAGUUUACAUCUGGACCAAAGGGGAUGAGCGCUCCGUCGCUGUGGCAGAGGACGGCUCGCGGCUCAAUCAGUACGACCUGCUGGGCCACGUCAUCGGCAAGGAGACCAUCAGCUCCAGCACAGGAGAGUACAUAGUGAUGACAGCCUAUUUCCAUCUGAAAAGGAAGAUCGGCUACUUUGUCAUACAGACCUACCUCCCCUGCAUCAUGACCGUCAUCCUGUCCCAGGUUUCCUUCUGGCUGAACCGGGAGUCCGUCCCAGCACGCACCGUCUUCGGUGUCACCACUGUGCUCACCAUGACAACCCUCAGCAUCAGCGCUAGGAACUCGCUGCCCAAAGUAGCCUACGCCACGGCCAUGGAUUGGUUCAUGGCCGUCUGCUACGCCUUUGUCUUCUCGGCGCUCAUUGAGUUCGCCACCGUCAACUACUUCACCAAGAGAAGCUGGGCCUGGGAUGGCAAGAAGGAGGCUCAGGAAAUGAGGAGAAGGGAGUCCGCCUCCCUCUCCAAGAAAGCCAACAACACGUUCAACAUAGUGGGGACGACCUACGCCAUCAACGUGGCAAAGGACCCGGGCUUGACCACCAUCGCCAAGAGCGCCACCGCGGUGCCCGUGAAGAUGCCCAAGGUGGAGGAGCACAUGGUCGAGGCCAAGAAAUCCUACAACCGCGUCAGCAGAGUGGAUAAGAUAUCACGCAUCAUCUUCCCCGUCCUGUUCUUCAUCUUCAACUUGGCUUACUGGGCGACGUACGUCAACAGGAAGCCAAUCAUCAUGAGGUCGAACCCGCAGAAGUAAAUCCACGACAGGAGAACCCCAUGAAGCAGAUUGCGAGCGGCCAAGUGUCGCCAGCUACUUCCUAACGUAUAUGAAUUUGACUUCAUUUUGAUAUUUGCAAGAUUACAUAGGUUUAGGCAUAAACGAUGUAGAGUCACAUAAAUAUAUCUGGACGUUUAUUUGUCGUUUCGUUUAUUUGUCGUACGAGAAACCUUCAUCGGGUGUUUCGUUUCUGUCCUAGCUUCCUCUGACCUAGCUAGCAGCUGCAAAACAUGAAGGGGAACACUGUACUUCUAUUCUAUACACAAAGCUUUUUUUUUAAUCAUUUGAAGAGACGUUCAAGUGCCACAAUGUUACUCUGCCAACAGGGGGCGCCUCAUGAGGCCCGCAUGGUCCCUGGGCGCCCUCCUCUGUAGCCAGCACUUAUAGCAGUCAGGCUGCCUGUAGAGAAGCUGUAGGAGCAUCCUCAGUAGCCAUCACCGUCUGGCCGGGUCCGGCCCGGUGCUGUCGUGACGCCUGGAAUUACUUUCGUCUCCCGUGGACCCGUCUGUGUGUUUUCCGGCCCAGUGGUUCUCAUUGUGUUGAAACUCUUCAGUGUGCUCGGUGCAAAGAAGAGAGAGAGAGAGAGAGAGAGGGAAGGAGAGAGAGAGGGAGGGAGAGA